AUGAAAGAAUUAGCAGGAGAAAUAGAACAAUUAAAGCAAGAAAAAUCCCAACUCUCUACUAAAAAUAACCAGUUAAAAGAAAGUGAAAGUUCAACCAAACAAAAAUUACAAACUUCCCAAACCGAAUUAACUAAUCGCAACCAAAUUAUUCAAGGAAAAGAUAAUGAAUUACAAAACAAAGAUAAAGAAAUAAAUAAUCUUAAUAAUAAAUUAGAAAAA